CCUGCGACAGCUCAACCCCAACCAUCCCCAACACAUCACCGGAAACACCUCCAGACCGCAUACUAGCCCUGAAGGAGCUCAUCGAAUUCCAUUCCGCUCUCCUGAGCCUGCCCUUCUGCACUCAAAUUACCGCAUAACUCGGCCCAAUCCUCCCGACACUUAGAGUCGCGAUGGCGGAUUCGGGAGCUACAGCGCAGCCGAAGCCGAGCAGCAGUGUCAAGCUGGUGCUCCUCGGCGAGGCCGCAGUGGGAAAGUCUUCACUGGUUAUGCGCUUUGUGAACAACGAUUUCCAAGAGAACAAGGAACCCACAAUAGGAGCUGCCUUCCUAACCCAGAAAUGCAAUCUCCCCACCCGCACCAUCAAAUUCGAGAUUUGGGAUACCGCCGGUCAAGAACGCUUUGCCUCACUCGCCCCAAUGUACUACCGCAAUGCGCAAGCCGCCCUCGUUGUCUACGACAUUACAAAACCCUCGUCCCUCAUAAAGGCACAGCACUGGGUUGCUGAGCUCCAACGCCAAGCCUCACCAGGUAUUGUCAUAGCUCUCGUAGGCAACAAAUACGAUCUGGCAAGUCCAAGCAGUGGCGACAGCGCCGAAGAUGCGGAUGCCGCACCUGCGGCAGAAGGCGAGAAUCCUGAAGAAGAAGAGGGCGCUGAUGCCAGAAGGGUGCCGACGAAGACGGCGAAGGCAUAUGCGGAUGAGGAGAGCCUGCUCUUCUUCGAGACGAGUGCCAAGACAGGCAUGAACGUCGCAGAGGUGUUUACGGCCAUCGCCAAUGCUAUCCCCGAGACGAGCUUAAAGGGCCCGAGAGGUGUCGGAGGCCAAACAAAUCUAGGCAGGCAAGAGGACAAUCGUGUGAAUCUUGUUGGUGGCAGGACUGAGGGUCCCAAGGAAGGAUGUGCCUGUUGACAAUAGUCGUGAGUAAUGAGGACUGGUUGCGGAAUCCGUCUUGUUUAGUAAGGUAUCUUUUCACCGAGAAUCAGGGCGUCUAUGUCUGGGUAGUACAUGCUUCUUUAGCAAUAUAUCAUGCCGG